UUGUGGGAUUAGUACCACAAGACACAAAGACUUCUAUUUCCCCUACAAGAAGUUGAUCUCAGUCACCAGUCAGUCACCAUGCCAUCCUUGAAAGUUCUCUUCAUCUCCACGCUCGUCUCGAGCAGCUUGGCCGCCCCUCUCGCCGCUCGCUUCGAAAACAACAAGACUGCCGCCGGCCUCUUUGACGAGAACCACCGAACCUCCCUGGAGACCCAGAAAGAGGAUGAGGCGGAGGACUUUGUCGGCAUCCAGGCCCGCAAGAUCGAGGUCAGCCAGGACUUUGCUGACUUGGAGACCCGCGAGGAACAAGAGGUGGGCCAGGACUUCAGCAACGGACUCUAUUCCCGCGAUAUCGAAACCCCCGAAGACGCCCCUGUCCUCGAUACGCGGGACCUGAAGGAAGUCAGCGAGGUCUACUCCACAUACCAGUCCCGCGACGUCGAGGCCGAUGAGGAGGCCGACGCCCUCGAGGCUCGCAGCUUGGACCUGGACGAGGAUUUGGCCAACGUUGAAGCAAGGAACGAAAUCCAGAGCAGGAAGUCAAGGUCCACGACGAAAAACGUGACUCCUUCUUCAACCAAGACCCGCUCCAAUGACAAGAAUAGAGUGGCAGAAGCAAGGCCGCCGCAGCGGGCCGGCCAGGGCGCAAACGUCAAUGGCCCGGUGACCUACACCACUUUUGUUGUUCCUAAGGUAAAUCCCGACCAAAUCGGCGGGUUCCUCGAUUUCAAGACGACCAAGGUGCAGUCCAGGGACAACUUCGACAUCCACGCAAGGAUCCAGGAGAUGCAGGAGACGAUACGUCAGCUCCAGCAGGCGAGGGACGAGGCGGUCAGUCGCAUCCAGAGCGGCUACUACGCCAAGGAUACGAGUGGCGACCGGAUCCAGGACCUGCAGACAGAGCGGCAGCGGCUGCUCGACGUCAUCAGCCAGGCCGAGGCCGACAAGCAGCAGGCCGGGGACCGGAUCGCGGAGCUGCAGCAGAUGAAGAAUCUCGGGACUUACGACAACAACGCCAUCGACGAGGAGAUCCGCGACCAGCAGGCGCGGCGGGACUUGGCGGACCAGAUCAUCAACGAGGCGCAGGCCGACAAGGCGGUCCGCGACCAGCUGAUCCAAGAGCAGGAGCUGCUGCGGAAGCAGGACGACGCGACGAUCCGCGGCGCGCAGGCCUACAAGGACCGGUACGAAGCGCAGAUCCGCGAGGAGGAGAGACAACGCGAGCUCUUGAGGCAGAAGCUGCAGCCCCUGAGCGAGACGGACAGGCGCAACGAGCUCCGCAGACUGUGGUUACAGGAUCUGAACGAGGCGGAUAGAAAGAGGCUGCUGAACCUGAACGAAGUGGAUAGGCAGCUUGAGAUCGACAGGCUGCGGUAUUUGGCCUGUCCCGAGACGGAGAAGGAGCGUCUGCUGCGCUUGGAUGUGAACCAGAGGCUGGUUGAGCUUGACAGACUGCAGCUGCAGGGCUUGAGCAAGAGUGAGAAACAGUAUCAGCGCGAGCUCGAAAGAGAGAACCUACGGUUGCUGGGCCUGAACGAUAAGGACCGCCUGAAUGAGAUCAGGAAGCAACAGGACCGGCUUCUCCGUGAUUCGAAGCUGAGGGACCAGCUCCGCGCCCAGGAGCUGAAGACUAUCAAGGAGGAUUCAGCACGCAAGCUAAGAGAGCAACAGCUCCGCGACGAGAAGCUGAAGACAAGCACUGAGGAGGCAGCGCGCAAGCUAAGAGAACAACAGCUCCGCGACCAGAAGCUGAAGACAAGCACUGAGGAGGCAGCACGCAAGCUAAGAGAACAACAACUCCGCGACCAGAAGCUGAAGACAAGCACUGAGGAGGCAGCGCGCAAGCUAAGGGAGCAACAGCUCCGUGACCAGAAGACGAAAACAAGCAAUGAGGAGGCGGCGCGGAAGCUAAGAGAGCAACAGCUCCGCGACGAGAAGCUGAAGACAAGCAGUGAGGAGGCGGCGCGAAAGCUAAGAGAGCAACAGCUCCGUGACCAGAAGACGAAGACAAGCAAUGAGGAAGCGGCGCGCAAGCUAAGGGAGCAACAGCUCCGUGACCAGAAGACGAAAACAAGCAGUGAGGAGGCGGCGCGAAAGCUAAGAGAGCAACAGCUCCGCGACCAGAAGACGAAGACAAGCAAUGAGGAAGCGGCGCGCAAGCUAAGAGAACAACAACUUCGCGACCAGAAGACGAAGACAAGCAAUGAGGAGGCGGCGCGCAAGCUAAGGGAGCAACAGCUCCGCGACGAGAAGCUGAGGACUGCCAAGGAGGAGACGGCGCGCAAGGCGAAUAACGCAAAGGAGGAGGCGGCACGCAAGCUAAAGGAAACCAAAGUGACUCGUCCGAACAUAGUUUCGAACCCAGUUCCGAAGCAGCCUUCGAGGCAGCCUUCGAAGAAGCCUUCGAAGAAGCCCGGAAAAUGAGGGGUGUAUUGUGGCAAUUGAUAAGCAAUGACAUGAUCAUGAUGGGGGUUGGCUUGGUGUUUGGCGCGUGAGUUACUUUCGUUAACGGAUGGGAGACAUAUUGAUUGGGACGAGUGACUUGGGCUCGAGGCAGAACAAAAGUGAUACUCACACUUAUAAUACACAAAUCUUC